AUGCGUAUCUGGUUUCAGAAAGGCAUUGGCCCUGGUACCAACAUCACUCUCGACCGGCCCGUUCCCUUGCGAUGGAAAAUUGUUCAGAAGCUAAGCGAGGAUGAUUUGCAGCUUACCGAAGGUGAGCAUCUCUCCCUCGCUGUCACCAAAAUCCUCUGUUUACCGCACAAGCUUGCACUUAUGCGAUGUUAUAUGCAAGUCCCCUAUGAGAAUACAGAGAUGGACGUUGCGGACACCGGAGCUACUCAGGCUACGACAUAUAUCCCUGAAGAGUUACUUGCAUACCAGGAUCUUACUUCCCAGGAGUUAGGAAUUACUCCGAAACUCUUGGGAUUUAAAAUCACAAGUCAGGACAAGUCGGGGCUUGUCCCUGGUGGUUUCGUGGUCUGGUUGGCGUGGGAGAUGGUGCCAGGGUUACGCCUCGGUAUUAAGGAUGGAUGUCUUUGGGCCUCAUGCAUUCUGGGCUCUAGAUGCUGCCGAAAGAGAAGAAAUCCGGCAACACUUUGUGGAGAACCUCCUACGAUUGGACAUUUUUCUGAUACGCCCGCGUUGAGUAGCCUAGUCUGGGAUAAGGAUUCAAAAACCCUUUAUUUCAUUGGAUUUCGCUUGCGCAACAAGGCAACGGGAGAACCCCGCAUCACCGUUCCUGACGUUAAGUGGACCGCAUAUUUUGGGCUCGCUCAACCGGACUCGCAUGCAUCGCUGAAAGGGGGAUGGAAUCAGGAUACCUCGGGUUGGAAAUGGUAG